AUGACUCGGAUUUUCUGGGAUACAAUUUUUCUCAUAAGCGGUUCUCUCUUUACUUUUGGAGCAGGGCAGAGCCAUUCAACAAUUAUUGAUGCCAGCAUUUCCAUUGAUACAAACUCCACUGCUGCUCCGAACUCCUCCACAAGCAGCUCUGCUGCAACCGGCAGCAGAAGUAGCACUGCCACAACUAUUGCAAAUACUACUAAUAUACCUCCAGUUAAAAGGCAGAGCAAUUCAACAAUCAUAGAUGCCAGCAUUUCCAUUGACACAAACUCCACUGCUGCUCCCAACACGUCCACUAGCAGCUCUGCAGCAACCAGCAGCAGAAACAGCUCAACAACAAUUAUUGCAACUACCACUUCUACCAUCCCGCCAGUUAAAAAGUUUGUGGCGGCGGCUGUUCGGUCACAUUUUGAUGACUGUCCAGACUCUCAUCGCCAUUUCUGCUUCCAUGGUACAUGUCGUUUCCUAAUACUGGAGGAGACACCUGCAUGUGUGUGUCAUCAAGGCUUCGUCGGGAUGAGGUGUGAGCAUGCAGACCUGCUUGCUGUAGUAGCAACCAAUCACAGACAACAGACCAUUGCCACAAUGCUGGUGUUGUGUGUGAUCGGGUGUGUCCAUCAUGGUGUUGUGUACACUUUUACAUUGCUGGUGGAGGCAGGACUGUCGCAGGCAGAGCCAUGCACAUCACUACGUCCCAGAGAAAUCCAGCAAAAUGCUGAAGCAUGGAGCAUCCUACUGUCCUUCUGA